GUUCCUAAUACCAACAAAGACAAAUUAGCCGGAAAUAAUAUACAGAAUGUCUCGCUUUUUGAUUUUAGCUCUUAUGCUGUCUCUGCUGACUGAGAGUGCUUUUGGUAAUAUUGAACAGCUAAUGCGAAGCAUUGCCAGUGCAUUUCAACCUUCUAACGUGGGCAUAGAUACUAAUGUCCCCAGAUCUGGAUUUGGUAUAAGAACACCAAAUAGCGAAUUUUCUAUUGGAUAUGACAAUGUAUUUGGUCGGUGAAUUCUCCGGCUUGUGAGUCAAGCCUUCUGCACUUUCUUAUGCGUUGUGAUCAGGCUGUUUGUAAUUGUAAUUGUAUUUCAGCAGGCUGAGAACCGGUGAAAAAUAAAUAGUGGCAGCUAAUUAAGGCGAA